AUGGAAAGCAUCAAGAUUCCAUCCCCUUCGGCUAUUCUGGAUAUUCCCUCAUCUUCCCCUCCUUCUGCUCCUCCUGCUGCUACCACUGAUGGUGGUGUUGGCUCUUCUUCAUCUUUCCCUGCCUCUUCUAUCUCCUCGUCGGCUCCUCCAGCCAGAUCAUCCCUCUCCGCAGCAAGGACGGGUACGGCAGGUGGGCAUGCGACCAGCAAGCCUAAACAGUCGAAAAGUCGUAAUGGCUGCAUUACCUGCAAGGCCAAACGGCUAAAGUGCGACGAGUCCAAACCAAGCUGUCUUCAAUGUGAACGGCGCAAGGUACAAUGCGGAGGAUACAAGAAGGAUUUCAAGUGGCGACCCUUCGAAGAGACCAAUGCGGCGAACAGGACUUCUGCAAAGACGAGGAAUGGUAAAGUCAUAUUCACUUUGCCGCCUCCGCUCCCGACCACGCCGAACAAAAGAUCAAGAGGGAAUAUUUCACGUCCGAUAUCGUUUGCAAGGGCUGCAACAAGUCAAGGGUCUCCUCUUAAAUCAAGAGAAGGGCGUCGAUUGCCGCAGCGAAACACCCCACCUAGGGUAGAGGAAGAUAGCCAGUCAAAUCUGGAUGCGUUGAGUGAGAAGACUCCCGAGUCCUCACUUGGAGAGCUUGAAAUUCCCGGGUCAGCUCCAUGGUUGUCGGAUUUGUUCCCAUCGUCCGCAGAUUCUGGCAACUCCUUUGGCGCAAUGUGGACUCCUAGUCCAUCCAAGUCAGAUAGCUUCAGCUUCUCCGCCCUGCUAGCAGGGGAUGAUGAUGAAAUUGAGGAAAUCGUGCGCCAGUCCGAUCCAAGCUCCGGCCAGUGGUUGUUCUUUCAAGAUCCCGGGCUUUCUCCGUCAAGGACCGAAGCACUCAUGGAAUCCAGCAUCCCUAGCGAACCAGAUUUAGGAGCUGCAAGUCCUGAGAUGUUGGUGUUACGCUUCAAUAGAAACACGUGCGGUAUAUUGUCGAUCAAGGAUGGGAUGCAUGAGAAUCCCUGGCGUACAUUGAUCUGGCCGUUGGCCAAAGACACCCCGGCCCUGCGCCACGCUAUCUUCUCAAUGGCUGCAUUCCAUUCCAGCAAAGAAAACCCAGCCCUCAGGGUCCAUGGAGUGGAUCAUAUGCGCAAAAGCAUCGCGUAUAUGGUGCAAAAUAUCGAAAGCAUGAGGACUGAUGCGGCAUUGGCUACAAGUCUAGCGCUAGCAUUUGCGGAUACAUGGGACCAGCAUACUCGCUCUUGCAUCCAACAUCUCCGAGGAGCCAAGGCAUUGGUGUCGCAGGUCCUGGAUCUGGCCGUUCAGGGUAAAGUGCAUGGGGCUGAUUUGGAGCGCGUUCGGUUUCUGUACAAUACCUGGCUGUAUAUGGAUGUGAUUGCUCGUUUAACGUCGCGAGAUGACUGCGAGGGCCCAGAAAUGGACCUAUCCAUCUUUCAACUUUCGAGCGAUGUUGUACAUGAAAUCGAUCCUCUGAUGGGAUGUGCUGCCACGCUAUUUCCGCUCAUCAACCAGGUGGCGGGGUUAGUCCAACGGGUCCGAAAAAGUGAUUCCAACUCCAUCUCGCUGGUCUCCCAAGCCAUUGAGCUGAAAAGACUUGUUGAGCAGUGGGAGCCCCCGAGAUGGUUCGAACCGCCUGAAGACCCCACGUCGGAGGUGCAACAUAGCAUCCAAACAGCUCAUGCUUAUCGCUGGGCCACCCUGUUGUAUCUGCAUCAAGCCGUCCCAGAAAUGCCUUCAGAACCGACAUCGGAGCUGGCCAAGCGGGUAUUGAUAUUGCUUGCCACUGUGCCACCAAGUUCGCGGGCGACUAUAAUUCAGAUGUUCCCGCUCAUUGCCGCUGGCUGCGAAGCAGAGCAAGAAGAGGAUCGUGACUGGGUUCUGAAUCGUUGGAUGGCCAUCCAAUCUCGAUUGAUGCUAGGUGGUAUCGAUCGAUGCCUCGAGGUUGUGCGAGAGGUCUGGACCCGUCGAGAUGCAUACAAGGUUGAGCAGGAGCGGAAGCACAAACGCAGCUGCAGCAAUACCAUGUAUGAUUCUUCGGAGAAUUGGGGGAAAGGAUGGGGUCGGGAGGAGCGAGCGAUUCCCUCUGUCACUUCUCGCCAAACUUCAAGACGGAGCUCUGCUGUGUCAGGGUUGGAAAAUAUCGAGCAUGAAAAGACUGUCCGGGGACGAUUGCAUUGGGUCAAUGUGAUGGAAAAAUGGGGCUGGGAAGGUAAGCAAUAA